AUGUCGUCGCCUUCGGAUCCCACGACGCCCUCCGCCGAGGCGGAUACCCCCCGCGUGAGCCUCACGCAGCUUCGCGGCAGGAUGAAGAGCGCCUCCAAGAUGAAACGCGACCUCGCCAUGCGCAGGCGCCUCUACGGCGUCUCCCCUGAUCACCAGUCUGUCCGCGUGAGCAAGACCCCGGGCGUCGCGGACCCCGAGGAGCGCCACUGCCUCGUCAUCUCCAUGAACAACACCUAUCGUAAGGGGUGGGACUUUGCUCAGGCCUUCAUCCUGCUCUACGUCGGCUUUGUGGUGCCAUUUCGCGUCGGACUGGACGAGCCCGCCAUGGGAGGAUGGUUCAUCGUCGAUUUACUCGUGGACCUGUACUUCUGGAUCGACAUCCUGCUCAACUUCUUCACGUCCUACUACGACGAGGACCGCGGCGAGGAGGUAUUCGAGCUCGCGGCGAUCAGCGCCAGGUACACCAGAGGGUGGUUCUGGAUCGACGUUGCCGCGGGUCUGCCCCUCGACAGCGUGGAACGAAUGCAAAACGGAACCUUCUGGUGCUCGUUCAACGCCGGCGGGUGCACCAAAGAGGGCGACGGCGACGGCGGGUUCCAGAUAUUCAAGUUCAUCAAGCUGGCGAGGAUGCUCAAGCUCUUGAGGCUCUUCAGGAUCAAGCGACUGCUCGAAAAGUACGAGCACCACUUCGUGCAUUACCUGCCGUGGGUGGACUUUGCGUCGCUCAUCGGGUUGCUCCUUUUCCUCGGGCACGUGUUCGGCUGCUUCUUCUACUUCUUCUCCACGAAGGACUGGUGGAGCGACAGCGAGAAGGAACGGCUCGGGGAGGAGGACACGUGGAUAUACUCGCAGUUCGGGGUGACCCCCGAGGACCACGGCGUGUGGACGCGGUACAUAGCGGCCAUGUACUGGGCGUUCACGACGAUGACCACGGUUGGCUACGGAGACAUCAGCGCCACGACGGUGGCGGAGAGGCUCUUCGCUAUCAUCGGCAUGAUCGCCGGUGGGUUCGUGUUCUCGCUGCUCAUCGGCAGCGUCGCGGGGGUGAUGAGCGCGUCGAAGCGCCGGGAGGUUGCCAUGCAGACGAAACUGUCGCUCGUGACCUCGUUCCUUCGAGACAACAAGGUCCCUCACGCCUUAUCCUCGAAGGUGUACCAAUUCGCGCGGCUCAGCGGCGUCGGUUCGCAGCUCGAGUCCGAACGCGUCAUACGCGGCUUACCCUACGGUUUGCGCAGGGAGUUGAUGUCGCUGCUGUUCAGGGAUCUGGUGGCGUCCAACCCGCUGUUCGUCAAGAUGGACGACGUGCUGUUCACCACCGAGUGCUGCAGCCGGAUGACGAUGAUGUUCUGGCCGAUGCACGACGUCAUCUACCGCCGGGGCGAGAUCGCGAGCGGCGUUUACUUCGUCGUGAAAGGGCUCGCGAACAUCGUCAAGGCGGGGGAGGAGGAAAAGUUCACGUUCAAGACCGGCGGGCUGCCGAACGAGAUGGUGGAGCGGAUCAUGCUGCCGGGGAGCUACUUCGGCGAGGGAAGCGUCCUCGGUUUCAAACGGCGGAACAGGACGGUGACCUCUCGAACAGCCUGCAGGUUCGCCGUCAUCGCCAAGGAGGACUUCGCGGACCUGAUCGACAUGUACCCGCGUGCGUACAAGAUCCUCGCGAAGAAUUACCUCCUGCGGGUCAAGGCGCAGAAGAUUGACCUCAAGCUCGACGCGGAUGACGAAGACGCCAAGGACCCCGCGAGCCCGGCGGACGUUACCCUGCUGGCCGAGCUCCGCCGUUCGGACACGUCAUCCACCAACGCGAACGAGGACGCCGAUACUUUGGACGCCAAGCUGGACAGACUCUCGGGCGAGCGCGAGGCGGUGGUGUCCACGCGAGCGAUCCAAAACGCUGAUAAGGACGAGUCCGAGCACGAAAAAUCCGGGGGUGCCGAUGAGGACGACGACGACGCGGUGUUCAGCGAGGAAGCCGUCGAGUUGAACGACGCUCGCGUGAGACGCGUGGGCGAAACCGGCCCGCGGGGUCUGGCCGCUUUUCGACCGACGCGGACCAACAGCGCGCUGAGGAGGCAGCUGCAGGCGACGGAGAGCGUGGACGGCUCGUCGUCGUCGGACGGGGAGGACGGAGACCUCGCGUUCGAUACGAGGCGGGCGGAGGCGGUUCGAGCGCGGCGAGACGCCAAGCGGCUGUGA